AUGAUUUAUUGGUUUAGUAUUAUAAUAGAACUCUUAGUUAGUGGUCCUGUAGAAGACCUGAUAGAAUUUCUACGCAUUAAAGGCAUACUCAAAAAGUAUGUAAAGUGUGGAACGUGUCUUCUAGAUAUGAAAACAAAACCAUACACUAGAAAUAGUGAUUGUGUGGCGUUCAGGUGUUGUAAUAGAAGUUGUAAUGACUUUUCUAAGUAUGUUUCAAUACGCACCAAGUCACUACUAUUAAACUUUACUGUACCUCUUAGAGGCUUUUUAUUAGUGGGUUGUAAAUGGUUUUUUAACCAUACACAUGUACAUUUAGGCAUUGAGGUGAAUAUUGGGAAAAAGUCAAUUAUUUAA